AUGCAGGGAACGACGGAUUUGAGCGUGCCGCCCAAGUGCCCGGCGAGGGUGUCGCAUCCCCUUCGUGGGAUGGCACUCGGGACGCUGGCCGAGAUAGCGGUGAGACUCGUGAUUAGCGGCUACAUAUUCGCCGUGGUCGUCUACGUGAACGCCAGCGGCAACUGGGAUAAGGACGAUGACCUAGUGUCCACGUCUAAGGUCAGCGCCGUGCUUGGCCGUACCGCCACUUUGCCUUGCGACAUUGAGCCGUCCACGCGAGAGGAUCGCGUCUACAUGGUCCUUUGGUUCCGCGAUUUCGCGGUGAAGCCCAUUUACAGUUUCGACGUGCGGGGACGGUCGUUCAACAAAGCCCUCAACUGGUCGGACAGCACCGCCGUGGGUCCCAGGGCUUAUUUCAUCACGGUGACGAAGCCGGCCGCGCUCUCGUUGGAGGCGGUACAGCUGGACGACGAGGGGGUCUACCGAUGCCGGGUGGACUUCAAGAACUCGCCGACCAAGAACUUCCAAGUGAAUCUCACGGUGAUCGUGCCGCCGCACCAGCUACUCAUUUACGACAGUUCCGGAGUGCAGGUGGAGAACGUCGCCGGGCCGUUCCAGGUCGGCGUGGAGUUCGGUCUGUCCUGCGAAGUGAGGGGAGGGAAACCCACGCCGGAGGUGAGCUGGCUGGUGAACGGCAAGGAGGUGGACGGCAAACUCGAGGAGUUCGGUCAGAACAUCGUUGUCAGCAAAUUGACGGUGCCGCAGCUGCGGCGGGAACACCGCAACACCACGUACAAAUGCCAGGCGGCCAACACGCAUCUCAUACCGCCGCUGGAGAAGACUGUGAUCCUCGACGUUUAUCUAAAACCGCUCACCGUGAAGAUACUGUCGAAGCUAACGGUCAUGGAGACGGAGAAGGACUACUCCAUCACCUGCGAGACGACAGGCUCGCAUCCCCGCGCACGCAUCACCUGGAUCGAGGGGAACGAGACGUUCCAGAACGGCAAGGUCGAUAACGAACAGGUAAUGGAGAGCGGCAACGCGUCGACGGUGCUGAGCACCCUCAUAUUCUCACCCGUCCCCGACGAUCACAGCAAGAUCCUCAAGUGCCGCGGCGAGAAUCCGGCCCUGACGGACGCGUACUUGGAGGACUUCUUCAAGUUGAAUGUCGUCUUCCCGCCUAAGGUGCAGCUGCAUCUGGGCAGCACUCUGAACGCGGAGAACAUAAAGGAGGGCGACGAUGUGUACUUCGAAUGCAAAGUCCGCGCCAAUCCGGAGCAUCACAAAAUUACUUGGCGCCACAACGGCGGCGUGCUGACGCAAAACUAUUCCGCCGGUAUCAUCAUGAGCACCCAGAGCCUGGUGCUGCAGGGCAUUGGACGCGACAACGCGGGAAAUUACACGUGUCUCGCCAGCAACGACCGCGGGGAGACGACGAGUCCGAUUGUGAACCUGAGAGUGCAGUUCGCGCCGGUCUGCAAGAUGAAGGAGGUGACGAUUAUUGGCGCCUCCCUGGAGGAGUCCGUGAAGGUGCGCUGCGAGGUCGACGCCGACCCGAGCGAGGUGGACUUCGUCUGGGAGUUCAACAACAGCGGCGAGAACUUCGAAGUCGCGCCGGCCAAGUUUGACGGUAACAACGGCACCAUGAGCGAGCUCGUCUACACCCCCGAAUCCGAGAGGGAUUACGGCGCCCUGACCUGCUGGGGUAGGAACGCGAUAGGAAAGCAGGAGGCGCCCUGCAUCUAUCAAGUCAUUCCGGCAGUGAAACCGAAUCCCCUGAACAAUUGCACCAUCAAGGCGUCGCUCAAUCAGAGCUCGGAGAUCCUGGAGGUCGAGUGCGUGCCGGGAUACGACGGCGGGCUCCACCAGGAGUUCCGGCUGGAGGCAUACGAGGUGUUGACCGGCAAUCUCCGGGUGAACGCGUCCAGCGUGUCGGCCGAUCUGCCGAUCUUCCGGAUCGCCGUGGCCGAUCUCCUGCCGGCCACGCACUUUUACCUGGUCACCUACGCCGUGAACGCCAAGGGCCGCAGCGAAGUGUCGCUGUUGGAGGACAUAAUGCUGCGCGACUCGGAGAAGCACACAGACACCGGUGUCAGCAUGCUGCCGUUGAUCCUGCUGCUGGUCGGCUGCCUGCUGGCCUUUGGCGCGACCGUGAUUUCCGUGAUGCUGAUGAUGUAUCGGCGGCGCGGCACCACGUCGCCGGUGCACAUCGAGCCCUACAUGAAGCAGCCGAUAAUCACGCCGCCGGACUCGAGGAACAAUUCAAUGCUGGACGUGACCCACGGCGACCACACGUACUUCGUCGAGUACACGCUGAAGCAGGUCACCGAUUACGCGCUCAAUAAUCAGCCGGACAUCAUACAGUCGCCGCAAGACCAAGAGAAGAUCAAACGCGAGCCGCAGCUGUUUUUGCCAGUGAGACCGGACACGCUGUUCGCGCCCUAUGACAUUCACAAGCAGGGACUGCAGACGAACAGAUGCAGCCUGAACCCGUUCUCCGCGAAGUCCUGGGAGCCCAUCAGCUUCAAAGCCGAUCGCAACCUGAUGAAGGAGAUCAUCAUCGCCAAUUCCAUACCGGGCCCGGAGAGCUGCGUGUAAACUUGAUCGUGGGAGUGAAUCGGGAGACGCAAACACACACACACACGCACACACAUACACACUCAUAUACACUUAAACACGAAACAAGCGCACACACGUACACGGCAUAUCAUAUAAGGGCGAUCGAUUUCGGAAGCCCUGAAAACUGUAUCGCGCGCGCCGUCGCUCGAUGCCGUGCGACAGAUAUACGCGCCCGAUAUCAAAGACGAAGUCAACGAAUCAACGUCUCGCUUGUUAACGCGCGCCGGUGUGACAUAUCACGAUGACGAUAUCGUAGCAAGACAUAUCAGCAUAUCGUAGCAGCGAAUCGUGGCGCGCCACGAUCUCUCCCGAGAUCGUCGAGAGUCUUUCUUUAAGGAUCACCCCUCCGCCAGUGAUCCAGCGCGAGACCGGGACGAGGAGUCGUCGCGAGACGAUUUAGUCGCAUAAUUUAACCGAAACGCUACACGUGGUGUACUAUUCCAAGUUUAAUAUAUUUUGUGUCAAGUCUUAAAACGUCUUGUCAUUUCGUAUAGCGCCGCUCAUCACCUACACCGAUCUACCUCCGUCUACCUCUCAGCCGUCACUUUAGUUUCACUUCUCAUCACUUUUUAAUAUGACAGUUUUUUGUUGUAACUCCG